AUGGACGCCGGCGCGUGGGUCUCCGUGUCGGCGCUGGCCGUCGCGGUGCUGCUCAGCGAGCUGCUCCGCCGUGCCGCCGCGCGUUCCCUCCGCGGAGUUGCCGGAGCUUUGGCUCUGGAGGCGGCGUCCACCUUUCAGCUCUGCUGCUGCACACACGAACUCAAGCUGCUCGGGAACGCCGGGCUGAUGGAACCGGCAUACGGCCUGACGCUGGGUUACGCGGUCACGGUCGUGCACUUGCUGUCUUUCCGGGGAGCUUCGUGCAACCCCUGCGGCGUUGUGGAGCGCGCGUGCCGGGGAACGUGCCGAGGCAGUGCGGCCCUCGCCCUGGUCGCCGGCCAGUUCGGCGCCGCGUUGGCCGCCCGCUACGCCGCAGCCUCCGUCUGGUCGCUGGGGCUGGCGGAGCACCACGUUCAGCAAGGACGCUUCGGCUUCAGGUGCUUCGACCCGUUAGGCGGCACCGUGCUGGAGGCCGCCGCCGUGGAGUUGGCCUGCGCUUUUGCGGUCCAGACGGCGGCUCUUCACAUCCACAAGGUGGAUGACAAACUCCGCGUCCACGUCAUCGCCGCGCUCAUCACUGCGCUGGCUUACGCAGGUGGAAACAUUUCCGGGGCCGUGUUUAACCCGGUCCUAGCCUUCUCCAUCAACUUCCCCUGCAGUGGCCACACCUACCUGGACUAUUGCUUCAUUUACUGGCUGGGACCUGCCUUGGGUGUCGCCGGCUGCAUCCUGCUCUUCGAAAAGAUCCUCCCGUUCCUCUCCGGUAGGAAUUCAGCAGGCCGAGAGGUCGGCGCUCACAAGCACAAGUCGCACUAG